UGAAGUUUUAUACACAUGCAUUUACAAUUUUAACCUGAACAUAAUUUUGUAAUUGCAAAAUUGACGAAACCCUAGUUUCAGUCUCUCUACCACUCGGCACACACUCUCUUUCUCAACGCUUCCACUGUUUCGAUUUCUCUCUCUGUAUGAUUUCUCCAGGUUAACAAAGCUUGCUUGAAAUCUUCCAGAUUAGCGAAACUCUUUGCAGCACCGCCACUUCCAGCCAUCAACGAUGAGCGUUCCGAAAGUGGUAGCGGCGACAAUUCGGUUGAGAGUUCCAGCUGGAGGAGCACGUCCGGCGCCUCCUGUGGGACCUGCGCUAGGUCAGUACCGACUGAACCUUAUGGCUUUCUGCAAAGACUUCAACGCACGGACUCAGAAAUUCAAGCCUGAUACACCAAUGGCUGUUACAAUAACAGCUUACAAGGACAACACCUUUGAGUUCACUGUGAAAUCUCCUUCCGUCUCGUGGUACCUGAAGAAAGCCGCGGGUAUCGAAUUGGGAAGUACCCGGCCCGGUCACGUGACCGCCACCUCACUGUCACUUCGGCACGUGUAUGAGAUCGCUAAGGUGAAACAGUCUGAUCCUUACUUGCAGGGUAUGCCACUUGAGUCCAUUUCUAAAUCCAUUAUUGGUACAGCUAGAAGCAUGGGAAUCAAAAUUGUCAAAGAUCUUGAAUGAAUUGAUCAAAGGAAUUCAACCUUUGCUCUUGAAAGUAUUGAAUAACUUCGGUUAAUUGUUGUUUAUUCUGUUAUGUUUCAAUUCUCUACUUGGCCACUCACAAAAUGGUUCUGUGCUUGUUUUUUUUUUUGUUCAAUACAAGUUUAGUGGAAGAAAUUGAUGUCCUGGUAUGGAUAUAAAUAAUCUUAAUUGUCAUUUAACUGAUAGAAUUUACUAGUCACAAGUUACAAUUUGACAUAUUAGUGACAUUUAUGUUCUAUAUUAGUCUAGCUGAAUGUGUUCCAUUUUCCA